GCUUGGCCUGCGGCCGGUGGAUUAUGCACUGACUCCAGAAAUGCAGGAGGUCCUAAGAAUGGCCCCGGAAGCCAUAACAACCACCCUGAGGCCCCGCACAAGCUUCGAUAAGGCUGCAGGCUGUGUGCGGGAGACAGGUCCAGUGGUUUUGAUUGGCAGUCAGCUGACGCAGACUCAGCAGAAGCAGCUCGCCAAAGCCGCUCAACUCCUUGGAGGAAAACAAGUGAAGUCCUUUUCAAGUGAAGUCACCCAUGUGGUUGUACCAGAUGUUCCCAUCAUGCCCUCUACCCUGACCACUCUGCAGGGAGUCCUCAACGGCUGCUGGAUUCUCCGUUUCAGCUGGGUGUGUUGUAGCCUUCAGGCAGGCAGCUGGGUCGGGGAGAGCGAGUACGAGGCAGGUGACGGGCCCCUUCGUGCCCGUGCGAACAGAGGCAGCCUGCUGCCUCCACUCUUUGAUGGCUGCUUCUUCUACAUGCUGGGCUCCUUCUUCAAACCGCCUAAACACGAGCUCCUUCAGUUAGCGAAAGCAGGAGGAGGUCAGCUUCUGAAUCGCCAGCCCAAGCCUGACAGUGAUGUCACGCAAACCCUGAGCGCAGCGGCCUACCACGCUGAGCCUGGUUCAGACCAGAUUCUCUGCACCCAGUAUAUCUUAUAUGAUCCUCAGAACUCUUACAAACCCCAGAAGGUCCGGGUAGGUAAGGUGUGGUGGGCUCCAUCCACGUGGCUUCUGGAGUGCAUAGCUGCCUUCCAGCUCCUGCCUGUGCCGGAGCCCUAGACCAAGAUAUCCUUGCUGUACAACUGUGUUUCAACUUCAUGACAUCAAAUAAAACCUAUUAUCUGCA